CAGUUCUUCUUCUCAUUUCCAUAUGUACACUUCCAUUUUUCACAGGCACUCACUAAUUUAAGUCCAGUGUUAGGAGGGAAAUGCAGCGUUGGAAACCUAAUCAGAGUCAGUUGACCUCUCUUACAAUCCUCGCUGAAUUAACUGCAACUGAUCUCGCUCUGCGAAGGCGCAGUGGUAACUCUGAACUUUCUCGGUGGUGAUAAAUCGUCCACCACGCGCCCCAGACCGAGCCGUAAAGAAAGCAGUGGCAUGUUUUAUUUCCAUAAAUCCGUCUGCCUGUAUUUUCAUCUCAGUGUCACUCUGUUCCAUACCGUACACUGUAUGUGUCCUCGUAUUAUCCCUCUCGCUCUCCUCUCUCUUAUUUCCAUCUGCCCUCCUCACUUCCUGCUGUCACUAUCAGUUUCCUCCGGCUUCCCCGUCUGUGUGUAUGUACGUGGGCUUCACUUCAUGUACAGGUGUCUGCAUCCAUACUGGUGUGUUUGUGUGUCUAUAAUUGAAAAAAAAUCCCUGCUGCCUCCUCCCGCUCUCAUAUUUGUAUCGUUUAUGUUGUUUUUCCAGCCGAUCCACUCUCUCCUCGUUUCCUCCCAACUCCUCUCAUUCAUCAUCCCUCCUCUGUCCUCACUUUCUAUCUUUUCUGUUGCCAUCUCCCAUCUCCUAUUUUCCUCCGUGCUAGUUUUCCUAGUUAUUAUUCACUCUUUCUCUCCACGUCAUUUCUCAUCCCUCUCUCGCGUACCUUUCCCUCCCACCGCUCUGUCAGUUGAUUUGUUUUUGCGGCUUCAUAUUUCUCUCCAUGUUUUUCUUUCACCCUGUUCUCCCAUUGUAUCCCCCCGUCUAUUUUGGCCCCUUUCUCCCUCCUCUUCGAUCUCUACCUCUCUUGUUCUUUCCCCUCGUCGGCUCCUCGUCUCUCUCUCUCUCUCUCUCUCUCGUGUCGCUGAUUUGUUUUUGCAGCUCUCCCUUCACUUUCUGCUUUUAUUCUCUCCUCUCUCAUCUCAUUUUUACGCUCUUGUUCUGUCGUUUUCCCCUCUCACCCCCCCUCCUUUCCUUUUAUUCGUACAUCUCCUAUUGUCUCCCCCCUCUUGCAUCCUUCCCCUCUCUCUGAUUCGCCCUGCCUCCAUUCCUUCUCUAUGGAAAUCUUCUCCUUGUUUGUCGCUUCUUAGUCCCCCUGUUCCUCCAUCGUUCUUGGCCCUCCUUUGCUUGUUUAUUUCCAGAUCGGAUUCCUCCCUUCUCUUCCUGCCUCUCUUUAUAUACACCCGGUCCCCUGUUUCCUCUUUUCACAAUAUCCCUCCCUCUUUCUUCUGCUAACACUGUCCUAUUUGUCAUUCUCCCCCUGCUUUUCAUACCUGGAUGCCAUUUUCUCAUUCCUCUCCGUCUCUCUUACCUAUUCACGUCUCCCCCGUCUCCAUAUCUUCAGGCUUCCUAUCUCUAUCUUCGAAGGUGUCGCACUCUCUUUAUUCUGUAAUUAUUUCCUUUUCUCCAGUCUCGCGGUCCUUUUCCUAUCUCAGCUCUUUGUGUUGAAUACAUGUCUGUACAUGUUCACAUUAGAGUACCGUUAGCUUAAAUUAGCGAGUUCCCCUGUCUGCACCGUCCGUGUCAGUUUUAAUCAGGCCCCUUGUUUACAGUGAAGGCCGGCCUCUGUGAGACUCAGCACUUUCUGGGGGUUUUUUGCGCACAGUACGCAAAAUGGUGAGCUUAAUUUGGAACAAUUCUCAGUUGUGUGUGCGUGUGCGUCUCAUUAGUUGUGUGUUUUAUUCAGCAGGAGUGAGACAAGACGGGGAGGGAGGGAGCGACUGUCCCUGAAAUUUCCAAGUGAGCAUUCAGUCCAGCAUGCGUUUUAAAAAACGAGAAAUGAACAUGCAAUCAUUUUCUGAGAAAGCUUUCACUGAAGGCGAUUUCUUUAUUCUAUGAAGAAAAGAAAUGUCCAUAGCCCCCGAAAUUGCUCAUCUCUCAGUGUCGAAGCUGUGGGAUAGGAGGGGAUUUCAACCUUAAAAAAAUGUUCUUUUCUGACCGCCUCAGUUACAAAGACAACGACUACAAGGAAUGUUCGGGAGUUACGGGAGAAGUAAUUGCUUCAAUAAAACCAAUCAUUGAUCGAGGGAGUUUUCAGCAGCCCAUUAAUACUAAAAUGUCAGAUCCAUUAAUGGACUUCAGGACGCGGGGCUCUGUUGUAAUUUGUGUUGAAAUAAUCAGAGGCAAGUCAUCAGAGGGACGCUUACAUUGGGCUGAAGGAUUGUCAGUGAUCUCCUGUUUGUGAUCUCAGUCCUGUAUAAGAUCUUUUUUCAAGAUCUGUAGCAUGUGAUGAAGAGACGAGACGACUGAGAGAAAAUAAUCAAGUUCAGACUGCCAGUACAAUUUCAGGCAGCAAACGCUCAUUUUCCAUUAAGACAUUAAUACUGUGUGUGUUACUGUAACACAUGUGGAUUAUUUGGUACCAUCAUAGAAGAUGAUUAUCUGCUAAAUCUGAGAUUUAAAGGUUCCAUGUUUCUAUACGGAUUUUACAUGCUUAAUGUUAACAAAUCACAGAUUGUCCAUUGCUGCAGCACCUCUAUUCAUCCUCCAUCUGAACGCUCCCUUUAAGGCCCAAGCUCCUCCCAUAAAGCCCAGCCUGCUGUAAUUGGUCAGUCCUCACAAGCCUGUGCAGUCGGUGUGAUUGGAACUCUGGGCGUGGUGACGUCACAGCUUCACAAACAUUUUGCUGGCUUGAAGAAAGGCUGCUUUUGUAUUAAUCACAGUUUGAGUGUUUCCCCCGUCUCUCUGGCGCCAACACAAGCCUGUGGACCAUUUUUUAAAGUCGUUUUUGGGGAAAAAAAGCCUUUUAAAUAGAAGAGAAAGAUCUUCAGCUCUUGCAGAUGGCCCCAGCCUCUCAUCCAUCGUUCCAGUGAAAUGAAGAGCCCUCUGAAGAGUGAAGGCAGAGGAGAAAGGAAUGGACAGACAUGGAGAAAGAGAGAGAGAGUGAGGGGGCGAUGACGUACAGAGCGAGAGACAAAAGAGAAAGCGAGAGAUGAAAGAGAAAAGGGGGGCCAUCAAAAGAUGGAGAGAUUUGGAGGAGUGAUGGGGGGAUAGAUGCCCCCAGAAGGGUGUGUUUACUAGAAACACUGUGGGGUGUGUGAAGUGUUUAUCUGAGAGUGUGUGUCAGUGUGUGUGGGAGGCUGUAACAUGAGUGCUUCAGACCUACUGGCAUACACAUGAAACUUUUUAUUAAAGUGCCAAUAAACAUAUCUAACUUGUCAGCUUUCAGUGACACUGA